AUGCGAAGGGCGGCUACGAAAGACUCCAAGAAGACGGAUGUUGAGUCCAUGUCUGCAAUUCAGAAGAGAGCCAACGACGAGUACUUCAAGUCUGGGGGCGGCCCAUUGUUUCCUGGCACAUUCGUUCCUCUCCCUCUAUCACGGUACCCCUCUGGCGCCUCCAACUCCCUGAACUAUACCUGGUACCGGUUUCGUCAAUGGGGUAUCGAGUUCCUUUCCCUCCUCCAAUUCAAGCUAAAGUCCAUGCCCAAUUGGACAACACGACCCAAGUGGAAGAUCGGCCGUGGCAAGAUCGCGCCUACCGCAAAGAACAUGUAUAUGGAGAUGCUUGGAGCCUUUGCGGCGGGCGACAAGUCUACAAUCAACAGCCUAUGCCUUGGCCAGUUCGGCAAAAAGCUCACAGCAGCUAUCGACCGUCGCAAUGCCGGUGAACGUGUGACAUUCGAGCUUAUCAAGGUCAAUAAGCCAUUAUUCUAUCCCCGUGUGGUAGCACACCAGGUGCACAAUAUCAACCCCCACGACAAGGACAACUGCACAGAGCAGGCUGUUAUUGCAAUCGCCUCGACGCAGCGUGUCGCAAAAUACAAGAAGCCCACUGGUGAGCUUGUGCCUGGUAGCACAAAGGUGCAAGACAAGCUGGAGUACGUGGUGCUCUCACGACAGGUCAACGAGAAGACAUUCCAGUCCACGCCAUGGCGAAUCUGGGGAACCGUCCCUGCUACAACACUUGAGUCAUACCAAAAAGAGCAGGAUUGGAUUAUGAGGGAGCAGGCUCAGCGUGCUGGGUGGAAAGGUCCCUUGAAAUAA